AUGCUUGGUACACCUCUUCCCCCUCGCAACGGACACUCGGCGCGGCUGGAGAAUAGAGGCUACGGCCCCGGCAGUUACACGACGCGCGGCAACAGCAGGGCGAGCGGCAGUCUUACCGUGGGGGCUGCCUACACAGACGUAGAGGGAGGUGGGAGUGACAGCGAUACCACUACGAGCCGCCGCCGCCGCAGCAGUGGCGCUACAGAGAGCGGCAUAGACGACCGCACCAGCGCGUACUACGGCGGCACGCUGGGCUGUCGGGAUGCCGAGGCAGCGUCUCCGAUCCCGGAGAUCAAUAGAGGAGCCACUGUGGACGACGGCGCAGCAGGCCUUAGAAGCCUGGUGGCGGGGGACGCCAGACAGCGUUAUCAGGGCUCUCCGACGUGGCUCGACCAGUUCGGGGCGAUUAUUUGGCGAGAUACGCUCGAACGCCGCCGCCGCUGGUUCAGCGUGGUACUGGAGAUUGUGAUCCCGCUCGUGUGCGCUGCGUGUGUGGUGGUGCUGUGGGCCGCCUUUGGCGCCACCUCCUCGCCGAACUCUAGCUCGCCCACUAAUAUCGGUGACAGCGGGUACAGCUUCAGCUCUGGCAGGUACCUCUCAGUACUGUGCUACAACGAGACGUGGUUCGGGAAGCCGAACUACAUUGACGGCCUGGUCUCCUGCAGCAACCUAGAUACUAGCACGCCUAGUUCAGUGACGUGCGACACGGUCGGCGAGGAGGAGCUGCCAGUGAAAGGGCUGUGCUACGCACAGAGAGGCAGCGCACUUGGGGCCUUUGUCAGCGGUAUGCGCAACGGCCUCGCACAGGUGAUGCCGUUAGACGACAUCAUCGCUUACCAGUGGCUGGCGAAGAAGUUGCCCUUGGUGGAUUCAGCGGCGAUGAGCCUGCUGGUCGGUGCGGGGCUCGCCUCCAACACGCAGCAGAGUGCUAUCCUGUCGUCUGGCAAGCUUUACUUUGCCCCAUGCCGCAAUGUGCCACGAGACAUACUCGCGUACCUCUUCAGGGACUCCAAGCUUCUCCAGUAUGUGUACAACGAUACCUUCGACACCGUUGAGGCGGCGCACCGUGUGAUCAAGAGCGGCGAGCGUGGCCCCACGUGGGCCCUCGUGAACGUCCGCCAGCUGGACGAGAACGGCUUCGACGUGUCUAUUGAACUGGACGCGACAGCGCUGCCGCCGCUGGCUGUGAUGAUCGACAAGGCGUACCCUGGCGGCGCGAGCGAUGACCGAUCCGACGUGUACUACACGAGCGGCUACACGUCUUUGAUGGACGUGUUGGUGAAGUACUACCUCACAUCACCGUAUGCGGCCGGCGCGACACGAGCUGAAGUGGACGGCAUCCAGGCCCUGCAGGGGAGUCAGGCGACGCAGCCACAGGCAGCAGCCGCAGAUGCGGCCGACGGGGUGCUGGCCAUGCGCGAACUGCCCGACGCUGUGCCGGCGGCGCCGGAAUCCGUGGGUGACGGUGUCCAGUCCUUUGCCAGUGCCGCCGAGCCGUGGAGUCCCCCGUUGACCUUGGUGUCGCAGUGUGCCUCUAGCAUCCAGGAAACAAGCGCGACCCUUCGCGCGAAGGCGAACCUCACCAUCUACCUGGGCGGUAUGCCGUGGGUGCCCUUCAAGACGAGUCAGUUGCUGGCUUAUGCGAACACCAUCGUGGGCUUCGUGAUUGUGCUGGCGUUUCUCUACCCAGUCUCGCAGUUGACGCGGCGGCUCGUGCUGGAGAAGGAGCGGCGCGUGCGGGAGGCGACGCUGAUCAUGGGCCUCCCGCUGGAGCACCUCUGGUGCAGCUGGUUCCUACACAGCGCCGCCCUCAUGUUCACCAUCUCCUUCCUCAUGACGCUGCUCCUGUGCACGACGUUGCUGGUGAAGAGCGACGCCUUCUGUGUGUUUCUUGUCGUCUUCCUGUUCUCCCUCACGUGCGUGCCACUGUCCGGGCUGUUGGCUGCCUUCUUCGACGCGUCACGGGUGGCCGCCCUCGUGACCCCGCUCAUCUACUUCGCCAUGUCGCUGUUACCCUUUGCCAUGCGCUCGGCCGGGCCAGCCACCUACCUUGGCUUCAGCAUCCUCUCGCCCGCCUGCUUCGCCCUCAUCCUGCAGGACACGCUCGCUCGAGAGAACGGCGAUGGCUUAGCUGCGUCGAUCUUCCUUGGCGGCGCCGACAACCCCAACACCGCCACGCUCUUCGGCUUCCUCAUUCUGGACUUCGCUGUGUACUUGAUGAUGAUGUUUUACCUCGAUGCCGUGCUGCCCAAGGCGGUGGGUGUGUCAAAGCACCCGCUCUACUUCAUUCUAGACCCGAUUCAGCACUGCCGUCGCAAGCGUUGGGAAGCGGCGUGGCAGGCGGCACAGCGACAGCGCCAAGCCGCGUCUGCUGCCGGCAGCAGCGAGCAGCAAGCCGCGCCACCGCCACCGACGCCGAUGAGGAGAAGUUAUGAGAGUGCCGAGGAGGCAUAUGGCGGCAGCUGCGGCUGGCGUUGCCGUGGGCACGGCGCUACAGACAAUGACCGCGACAAGGACGUGCAUGGCGGCGGCGAGGAUGGCUGUGAUCCGGAUGGCGUGUACGAGAUGGAGGCCUUCGCACCGGAGCAGCUGUCGGUGCGCAUUGUCGGCCUCCGCAAAUACUUUCAGCGCGGCGGCCGCCGCUUCGUCGCGGUGCGGAACUUUUGCUGGCAACUGCCGAACGUUGGCGUCUCUGUGCUGCUGGGGCACAACGGUGCUGGCAAGUCGACGGUGAUGAACAUGAUGACAGGCAUGCUCUACCCGGAUGGCGGGGAUUGCUACAUCGGCGACCACUCCGUCCGCUUUGAUCUGGCGCGCGCCCGCCACGAGAUCGGGCUCUGUCCGCAGCAUAACAUUCUCUGGCCGGAGCUGACGUGUCGGGAGCACCUCGAGUUCUUUGCGCGGCUGAAGGGGCUGCGCGGGGCGGCCCUGGAGAAGGCCGUGGUGGACACCCUUACGGAGGUGGAUCUCUUGACGAGGCAGAACGACCUGUCAAGCGCUCUCUCGGGUGGGAUGAGGCGGAAGUUGUCUGUCGCCAUCGCAUUUGUUGGCGGCAGCAGCCUAGUCUUUCUCGACGAGCCGACGGCCGGCAUGGACGUGGUGGCACGACGGCAUACGUGGGAACUCCUGCUGCGCAUGUCGCGAAGCCGGAGCGUACUGCUGAUCACGCACUUUAUGGACGAGGCGGACUUGCUCGGUGAUCGGGUCGCCAUCAUGAGCCGUGGUCAGCUCAAGUGCUCCGGCAGUUCGCUCUUCUUGAAGUCGCGGCUCGGUCUCGGAUACAAUAUCUUCAUCUCCGUCGACGCACUGCUACGUGUCCGUGAGCUCGAUGCCUUCCUGCAGGGGUACGUGCCGCAGGCAGAGCGCCUGUCAACCAGCGGGGGCGAGGUUAAUUACCGCCUUCCUGCGCAGCAGGUGGAUCUUUUCCCUGGGUUGCUGAGCGCGCUCGACACCGUUGGGCCGCUGAUCGGCAUUCGUGGAUACGCCAUCUCCCCCACAACGCUGGAGGAGAUUUUCCUAACGAUCGCCCGCGACGCCGCUGAGGAGGACAAGGGGAGGCGCGCAAGGGUGAAGAUGGAGGCGUGUCGAGCGAGCGGCAGCGCAGUUGCUAUGGCGGCCAAUCAAGGCUGGCUGUCGGGUCUCUGGGAUCGCUUGUGCUGCUGCUGGUGCUGCGGCGGCAGUGGCGGCAGGGGCGCGAGCGGUCGCUUUGCCCCUGACGAGUCUGACAAGGGUGAUGAUGGCGUGGACAGCGAUAACAGGGAGUGGUCCGUCUUGGACAAUGUCAACUCCCCCUACUCACGCGACAGCGUCAGCGGGGUCACGGAGGAGUGGACGCAAUGCUCGGCGCUGGACAGAGCUGUCGUCCCGAUGCAGUGCCAGUCCGGGUGCUCAGCCACGACAUCGGAAGAAAAUCAGCGUUACCCGAGCCCAACGGCGACGGGCUAUGUGGGGAGCAACAACGGCGAGGAUGCUGGCACCUCGGGGAACUGCACACCUGCCGGGUCUGCGUCUCGGUUCUCGAGGCCGGCGAAGUCUCUCGUCUCCAAAGCUAGCAGCCCUGUGUCGCAGGGAGACGUGCACUGCAGCGGUGAGGCCGCCCAGGCGACACCAACGUAUGCGAGGGCGGUGAAUGCGGAGGAUGGGAGGUAUUCUGUGCUGCGUGUCCCGGCUGCCGCUGUCACCUCCCCCGUCGCAGCGACGGAGUCGGGGACAGCGCCGUCGACGAUGACAGCCGUAAAGCGCGACGCCUCUGCCGACGUUAUCUGGAGCUGCGAGAUCGCCUUCUCUAUAGCGACCAUCAGUCUCCUGCAGGCGGAGGCGAUGAUGCGCAAGCGGUUUCACAUAAUGAGGCGAGAUCGGCGGAUGCUCUGCUUCCAAGUCAUCUGCCCCGUGGUGUGCGUCCUGCUGGCGAUGCUGCUGAGCCUGACACGCGCGUACACCGUCGAUGAGCUGACGAUGAACACGAGCAACUACCCAUACGACACGCUGUGGGACACGACGGGCUGUGCGGACUACUUCGACAGCAGCUCCAACGCUACAGCGGCGUCGAUCGCGCCGAACCAGCGCAUCCGCGACGUGAAGGCUGUGAAUCUCAGACUUUUACUACUUCCUCCAAGACGACUGGUACUUGCACGGUCAAAUCGGAAAGUACAGCGGUAUCGCGUGCGGCGACCCUGUGACGGCGAUGCUGCCUUCCAUCGCAACCCUGUCGUGCUGCUGACCAACUACUCCACCUACCAUGAGUUUCCCAUCUCUAUGGUGAACUUCUACAACCUGCUCUUCAAGGGGGUUCGUGGUCCAUCGGUGUUCAUCACGGCGCACGUUGCCACGCUGCCGUCGAAGUCCGCGCCAGUCUCUGAGGACAGUAUCAGACUGCUGCUCACGGGGAUCAUCAUUAUGGUGCCCUUCACCUUUCUUCCCUCCAACUACGUUGCCUGGGUGGUGAAGGAGCGGGAGUGCAGGUCACGCCAUCUGCAGGACAUCUGCGGCCUGCGUUACCUCAUCUACUGGCUCAGCAACUUUCUCUUCGACCUCACAGUGUACACCGUCACGAUGCUGCUGAUCAUUCUCAUCUUUGCCGCCUUCCAGCGCAAUGAAUUCGUCGGUGGCGACGCCGCCGGCGCGACUUUUACCCUUUUUUCAGCCUACGGAUUCUGCAGCAUCGCUACAGCGUACCUCGUGCAGUUCUGCUUCGCGACGCACUCGAGCGCGCAGAGCGUCGUGAUGGCGAUCGGCUUCGUCUCGGGCUUUCUCCUCGUCAUCAUCGUUUUUGUGCUUCAACUCUUCUCCUCUACGAGGGAGGCGUCACACAAGAUACGCAGGGUGUUUCGCAUCUUCCCCACCUACGCCGUUGGCGAAGGCAUCGUGAACCUCGCCACCCUCCCGCAGUUCCACUUAUCGGACCCGAGCUUGACAGCCUUCUCCAUGGAGGUGAUUGGGUGGCCAUGCGUGUACAUGGCGGUGGAGGGGCCACUGUUUCUCAUUCUCGUGCUGCUGAUUGACCACCCCCGCUGGCGACUGAAGUGGCUGCUGCGACACUACGACCCAAACGGCGACGCCGCCACCCUCGCACGCGCUCACCAGCCCGGGCGACAAGACGACGUGGGUGGGAGGGAAAACGACAGUGUUGAAGAGGAUAGCGACGUCGAGGACGAGCGGGUUGAGGUGCGCCGGCGCAUGGCGGCAUACCGCGCCGACCUGAUGCAGCAGGAGAGGAUGUGCAGGAUGGGCGAUUGUUUCGAGCCUGCAUUCUGUGAGAGGGCCUCGGUGAACACGGCGGAGGGCCCCUACGGUGGCUUCCAAAGCUUCAGCGCUAAGCCACCGCUCAUCGACGCUGUCGCUGUCGUCGGCUUGCACAAGCGAUAUGAAGGUGGCCGGGUGGCUGUGCAGGACCUCACCUUUGGCGUCGUGCCGGGCGAAGUCUUUGGCCUCCUGGGCACAAAUGGCGCUGGAAAGACGACCACCAUGUCCGUCCUGUGCCAAGAGGCUUAUCCCACCGCUGGGCACGUCUACGUGUGUGGGUACAACAUUGUGGAGGAGAGACGCGACGCGCUCCAGUGCAUCGGCUACUGUCCCCAGUUCAAUGCAACGCUAGACCUGCUCACGGUGGAGGAGCACCUGAAGGUAUUUGCCGGCAUUCGAGGCAUCAUUCGAGAGCAGCAGCAGCAGGUGGUGCAGGCGCUGCUGAAUCUGACCGGGCUGCAUGAGUACCGUCACACAACGUCGGCGACCUUGUCGGGCGGCAACCACCGGAAGCUGAGCGUCGCACUAUCGCUUAUUGGUGGGCCACCUGUUGUCGUCUUCGACGAACCCUCGGCUGGCAUGGAUCCCGUGGCGCGGCGUGAGAUGUGGACGUCGAUCGAGGCGAUCAAGCACCGCUGCUCCGUUAUCUUGUGCACCCACCACCUCGAGGAGGUCGAGGCCCUCGCCGACUGUGUGGCCAUCAUGGUGGAUGGGCGACUGCGUUGCAUCGGCAACAAAGUGCACCUCAAGCAGAAGUACGGGAGCGGCUUUGAACUGACCGUUCGGAUUCAGCCACCGUCGGUGGCCGAGGCGGCGGCGCUGGAGGCCAUCAAAGCGCGGGUCAUUCCCUUCAUCACUUCCUCGUUUCCCUCCUCAAAGCUCAGCGAGGUACGGGGCAAGCGACUCAUCUUUACGUUGCCCAAGAACACGAGCCUGGCGAAUGUCUUCCAGCGGUUACAGGCACACCGCACCGAGCUCUGCAUCUCGGACUACACCGUGUCGCAGACAAGUAUAGAGCAGGUGUUCUUGCACAUCAGCGACGCGGUGGCCGAGGAAGAGAGCGCUUGUGCAGCUUUGUCCGAGCGACGUCGCGACGCCGAGAGCGACUUGCGACUCUGA